AUGAUAAUAAAUAUCAAAAGAAUAAUAUACAAUAAUAAAAUCAAUAAAAGAAUAAAUGGAAAAAGAAGAAUAGGAUAUAAUGAAAUAAUGAUAACAUCAAAAUAUUUUAAUGAUAUUAAAGAUUUUAUUAAUUUAGAAAUUGGUGUUAAAAGAUUUCAAGGAAAUAUGGAACGAUUUCAUUUUAAUCCAAUUCCAUUAAAUGAAUAUUCAAGAAAAUUAUUUCCUAAUAUUGAAACAUUUCAUAAUUAUAAUAAAUAUGAUGAAGAAUUUGAUGAUGGAAGAAUAUUUAAAGAAAUAAUAUGGUAUUUAGUAGAUUAUUCAACAUAUUUAAAAGAGAAAGAAGCAGGAAAUAUAUGUAAAAAUAUAGAAUAUACAGGAGAUGAUAGAUAUAAAUAUGGAACUACAAUGCCACCAGAAGUUAAAAUAAUAGGAAAUGGAUGUUUUUCUGAUUGUUAUAAACUAACAACAAUUAAUAUUCCAUCAUCAAUUACAUCAAUAGGAAAUUUGUGUUUUUAUAGAUGUUCAUCAUUACAAUCAAUUAAUAUACCAUCAACAAUUAGAUUAAUAGGAAUUAAUUGUUUUUAUGAAUGUUCAUCACUAACUAAUAUAAAUAUCGAAAAUGUAAAAUAUAUAAGUGAAGAAAAAAUAAUUAUAAAUGAACCAAUAUUAGUUAGUAUUUCAAUACCAGAACAUUUAAAAAUGAUAAAUGGAAAGAAUUAUAUAAAAGAAGAUAUUAAUAAAUUUACUAUUCCAUCAACAAUUACAUCAAUAGGAUGUGGAUGUUUUUAUGAAUGUUCAUCAUUAACAACAAUUAAUAUACCAUCAUCAAUUACAUCAAUAGGAGGUGGAUGUUUUUGGGGAUGUUCAUCAAUAACAACAAUUAAUAUACCAUCAUCAAUUAGAUUAAUAGGAAAUAAUUGUUUUUAUGAAUGUUCAUCAUUACAAUCAAUUAAUAUACCAUCAUCAAUUACAUCAAUAGGAAAUGAUUGUUUUUAUAAAUGUUCAUCAUUAACAACAAUUAAUAUACCAUCAACAAUUACAUCAUUUGGGAGAUCAUGUUUCUAUGGAUGUGGUUGUGUUGAAGAAUUAACACAAAAUAAAAGAAUACCAAUAGAGUGUUUUGAUAAUUAA